ACAGCCAACUUCCUUCUCUAUUCACCACGUAGCACCGUCUAAAUCCACGUGUCCCUCACCCAAUUCUCAUAUACUCGCCGUCCUCACCGCUCUGCAACCACCAUCGCCGCCAGCAAUGUACCGUUUCAAACAAUCUCUUCAUUUCUUCAAACCUAAAAUUUCAACUUUUAUCAACUCUUCCAGACGCUUCUCUGAGCAAUCUCAGCUCGAAAAUGCAGGGCCCAUGGCUUCCCGUCUCAAGACCCGAUCCGUUAUCCGGUUCACCGGACCCGAAACCGUUAAAUUCCUUCAGGGUCUUGUUACCAAUGAUCUACGGAGGCUAGAAAAUCCACAACCCGAAGAUAGGACCACUUUAGCUACUACCAAUGCCCCGUUCGUUUCGGUUCCUCCGGUGUAUGCUGCUCUUUUGACUCCUCAAGGAAGGUUUUUGUAUGAUAUGUUCUUGUAUAGGCCGCCUCGGGCUGAUGAGAAGCUUGAUCGGACUGGUUCCGGGCCUGGCCCUGAUUCUGGGGAGCUGGAAUUGUUUGCUGAUGUUGAUGGGUCUGAAUUGGAUGAGCUUCUGCAGACACUGAAAAAGUAUCGGUUGAGGUCUAAGGUUGAAAUAGAGAGUGUGGCUGAUGAUUUCUCUUGUUGGCAGAGGUUUGGCCAAGAUUUAACUCAGAAGUCCUCUGAAGAGCCAGAUGCUGCCUCCCUUGGAUGGGGUGGUGGGUUUGAUCGCUCUGGCCAGUCAUCUUCACAAGGAAACAAUUGUGGGUGGCUAUGGUAUAGAGAUCCCAGAUUAGAUUGCCUUGGAUUCAGGGGCAUAUUUCCAUCCAACACAACUCCACCUUUGGUUGAGGCAGACAAAGAGACAAACGAAGAGAAUUAUCUUCUGUGGAGGUUGGAGAAGGGAGUUGCAGAAGGCUCAGCUGAGAUUCCUAAAGGUGAAGCUGUGCCGCUUGAGUACAAUCUUGCUGGUUUAAAUGGAAUAAGCUUUGAUAAAGGAUGCUAUGUGGGCCAAGAACUCAUUGCUCGCACACAUCAUCGUGGGGUCAUCCGAAAACGUUUGCUUCCCCUUAAGUUUGUGAAUGACAGUGGAAAAGAGGUGGAACAAAAAGUUGCUCCAAGGUCGGAAGUAAUUGAUGCAUCAUCCAGAAAGAAAGCAGGAACUGUCACAACUGCCCUUGGAAGCCGGGGUUUGGGUCUUCUGCGCUUGGAUGAAGCCUUUAAAGGCUCGUUAACAAUACGAGGUUUGGAUGAUGUAAAAGUCCAGGCAAUUAAACCAGAGUGGUGGCCUGCUGAAUGGUUAUCAGAUCAACAAGAGCAGACUUCAACUGCAUAGAGUGAUCCUAUUUAUCGACUGCUUACUCACAUCCUGCCAAAGUUGGCAAUAACUCCUUUCAAAUUUCAGAGUUCCCUUUUUUCGAAGAUCUUCAGUUCUUGGAUAUGAAGAAUGGAAAGGAAUAAGACAACUCAUCAGACGAGAAUACUUUGUAAUAGCAGUUGAUGUUUUUGUUGUACUAUAUUAUGUUAUUGAUGUAAUAAUCAAACAUGUUGAAGUUAGGAUCAUGUAAUGUGUUGGCAGUUCGAAAUCCCCGUCGCGCUUAACCCAAACUGUUGGAGGACUGUGUAAUUAGGUAACUUUGGCAAGUCAGGUAUGAGAAGAGGACGACAAUGUGUAUCCUUGAUUGGGAUAAAUUGGUUUAUGACUCUGAUUGCACCACAACAAUUUUGUAAAAGAUACAUAUGACAAUCACUAUGUAAAUACUUCUUAAACU